AUGUUUGGAAAUAAAUAUUUCCAGGAUUCUCCUCCGAGUACGGUACUGGACGACAAAUUAGGGGAAAAAACAUCCCGAACUGGAAAAUCGUCCGCGAGAGCGCCACAUGGAGAGGUUAGAAACGCACGCACGCCGCGAAUCCGGUUGUUCGCCGCGGCUGUAAAGGGAAGCUUAGAGCUCGAGAGCGCGAAGACCACUGUUAGAGCCAACGGCUGCGCCCGGGUGGAGCCCCCACUCUACCCGGAGGACGCAUGGCCGGUGGCGGCGCUCCCACGGCAGGAGCGGCGGGAUUCCUGCGGUGCAACCGGCCUACGGAGGAACUUUCCACGCUGGUACUGGUGGGUUUGGUGUGGAAUUAGAGCAACAGCAGGAAUAGAGUUCGUUGCGUUUCAAACUCGCUCUAUCCCUAACUAUGCAAUUCAAACAAAAUGUAAAAUAUGCUUGUGA